UCAAUCGAGCAAAUGAUUGACAGGCAGAGAGUUUGUGUGAUUGGAGCGGUUGAGAUUAUCACUGAAGUCUGUCAGUGACAGUAUAUUUGUGAAAUUAAGAAACGCUUCCAGCAGCUACAGUACGAAGGAAGGCUUUUAUUUCACCACAGACACACGGAUCAGUUAAUACAUUAAAAAGCGUCGAGGAUACGUGAAAGAUAGACGUGAAAUGAAACUUCCCUCGCCGGAACCGCGAGCAGGAAAGGCUGGAAAAAGCGGAAAUAAACACGCAGAAAGAGGAACUGCAGCUCUGGGCGGAAUAUGAGAGCGCGAGAGUACGUACUAGAAACAACAACACGAGCCGCAGCGCGAGCGUGAGUGAGGAUGUGGAUCACUCCUGAAGAAGUCGUGCUGAAAAACGCGCUCAAGCUUUGGGUGACGGACAAAUCCAACGAUUAUUUCCUCCUGCAGCACCGGAGAGGACACGGAGACUCCGGGGGGAAAAUCACAGGUUUGCUGGUGGGCGCAUUGGACACCGUUUUGGACUCAAAUGCGCGAGCGGCCCCGUUCCGGAUCGUUCUGCAUGUGCCCGGGUCGCAGGUCAGCUGGGUCAUCGCCAGCGGAGCCACGAUAGAGGAGGUGCUGAAACACUGGAAAUGGCUGGAUCAGAACAUACUGCCGUACAUGGCAGUGUUUGAGAAUAAAGAAGACGCUGCGAGUUUUGUACAGGGCAAAGUGAAGGGUUUAAUAGCUGAGGAGGUUUUGGGCGGUCAGGCUGCAGGCGAGGAUGAUCCGGCACGCUUCCGGGAAGACCUGGCGAGGUUCGAGCAGCGCUUCGGUCUCCCUCAGCGAGAGAAACUGGUCACGCAUUACUCCUGCUGCUGCUGGAAAGGUCAUGUGCCGCGUCAGGGCUCACUGUACCUCACCACCAACCACAUCGCCUUCUACUCCUUCCUGCUGGGCAAAGAGGUGAAGCUGUUAGUUCCCUGGGCCGAAGUGACGCGGCUGGAACGCGUGUCGGUGGGUUUGCUGACGGACGUGAUCCGCGUUCACACGAGACGGAAACAGAGGGAAUUCUCCAUGUUUCUGAACGUGGACGAGGUGAUGAAGGUCAUGUGUCAGCUGGCUGAUAUCGCCCUCCGCAGGCUGCUGGACAGCGGCGGACUCACACUCGACAAAUCCCUGCAGGACUCCACGAACAUUACCAAGAGGGUUUUGGAGGAGCAGGCUCUCCGUCAGUACGUGCUCUCUCUCUUUGGCUUGCCGCGGUCCGAGCGUCUACGGGAAGUGAUGUCAUGCUCGGUUUGGACUCCUCAUGCCCGCUGCCACACGCCGGGCACCGUCUACACCACAGACGGGUAUUUGUGCUUUGGCAGCCGUGAGGAGGGCCCGUGUACUCUCAUCAUACCCCUCGCAGAGAUCCUCUGCAUUGAGAAGGCUGAGAGCACCAGCGCUCUGCCCAACCCCGUCAUCAUUAGCGUACGGUGUAAGCGUGCGUUCCAGCUAAUCGAGCUGCUUCAUCGUGAUGAGCUGGUGGAGAACGUCAGAGACCGACUGCGAGCUCUGCACUGGGAACAGAAUAUGAUCCGUGGACACGACCAACGCAAGAAAUCCACGAUCUCCACCACACCGUAUUACACCUUCUGUUACGACACCGUCCAGUCUGACGAAGAGGACAGCAGCGUCAUCAUCUCUGAUAAAGCUCUGCGUCACACUGUCAUUUCCACAUUCCACCCCAGUCAAUCAGACUCCAACCACAAAACAUGUAACACAGAGCAGGUCAGAGAGCGUUUAUGGGACGAUCACUUCACUGAGUUUGGUCGUGGCGUUCACAUGUUCCGCACCGAUAAAAUCCGCAAUCUGGUGGCGCUGGGGAUCCCGGAGUCUCUGCGCGGGGAGCUGUGGCUCCAUUUCUCAGACGCGAGUUCCUCGCUGGCAGCUCAUCCGAACUACUACGCUGAUCUGCUGGAGAAAUGCAGGGGGGAAACGAGCAUCGCCACAGAGGAAAUAGAGCGAGAUCUGCAUCGCUCGCUGCCGGAGCAUCCGGCCUUCCAGAACGAAACGGGAAUCUCCGCCCUCCGCAGGGUCCUCACCGCCUACGCCUACCGAAACCCCACCAUCGGAUACUGUCAGUCCAUGAACAUCUUGGCGUCUGUGAUGCUGUUGUACACUAAAGAAGAAGAAGCUUUCUGGCUGCUGGUCACUGUGUGUGAGCGGAUGCUGCCCGACUACUUCAACCGCAGAGUCAUCGGAGCUCAGGUGGAUCAGUCUGUGUUUGAGGAGCUGGUUCGUGAACGGCUGCCGGAGCUGGCUGACCACGUCCCUGACCUCUCCCCGCUGGCGUCGGCGUCCCUCACGUGGUUCCUGACUCUGUUCGUGAGCGUGCUCCCGUUCCGCAGCGCCCUGUGUGUCCUCGACUGCUUCUUCUACUGCGGGAUCAGAUCAAUCUUCCAGAUCGGCCUGGCGGUGCUGGACGCUAAUGUAGCCGAGCUGAGCUCGUGCACGGAUGACGGACACGCCCUGAUGAUACUGACCAGUUUCCUUGAGCAGGUCAGACAUGAGGACGAGUCACAUGUUUGUCCUGAAGACGCAGGAGCUUCUCAGCAUCUCCACAUCACCACUCUCAUUACUGAAGCGUACGAGGUGUGUGUCUGCCGAGCCGCAUCAUCACGGGACACAGUUACACACAUCUGCACACCUGAAAUGAAAAAGACUAAAUUUGGGAGUGUGACAGUGAAGCAUCUGGAGAUGUUGAGGUGCCGCCACCGUGUUCAGGUGCUGCAGGCGCACGAGGACACCACCAAAGACAACGCCUUGCGGUUGGUCACUCCAGACGUGUCACUGUCACAGGAGAACCUGUCUGAGCUCUACGACCUCUUCAAGACAGAGCAUUUCAUCAGUCUGUACUGGGGUGACGGCGUGUGCAGCUCCGGCUCCGUUCUUCCCGCGACGGGCAGCUGCCCUGAGCGCUACUUGGUGGAUCGAGCUCAGUUCAAGAGCCUGUAUGAGCUGCUGGCGCCGUGGAUCUGUGGGACGCACACCGACACCGUCGCCCAGCGCACCUUCACACUGCUGGACCAGGACAGAGACAACCUCAUAAACUUCUCUCAGUUCGCUCAGAUGCUCGAUGUUCUGUACUGUGAGGAGCUGAAUGAGAAGAUCAGGCUGCUGUAUCGACUGCACAUCCCACCAGCCUUGAGUGAGAAUGAAGAAGACUCGUCCCCUCUGAAGAGUCCAGUUCUGUCCAGCACCAGACCUCUCUAUGUCAACCUGCCCAAUGGUGAGAGUAAGAGUUAUGAGGAGCAGCUGCAGCAGAUGCUUCAGGACCUGAACAAAGGCAAAGAGAAGGAUGAGGAGAAGCCUCUUCCUCACAUGAACCAGCGGGAGUUCAUCCAGUUUUGUAAGACGCUGUACAGCAUGUUUCAAGGCGAGCCGUGUGAGGCCGAGCUCUUCCAGGCCAUCGGGAUGGUCACCAGUCUCGUGCUGCAGAUCGGAGAGGCGCGACACCGCGAGGACGCUUCGAGAGACGCCGGUGAGUCGGACGCUCACUGGUCGGUGAGCUUCGAGCAGAUUCUGGCCUCCUUACUGACCGAGCAGGUGCUGGUCAACUUCCUGGAGCGGCCCGUCGACCUGAGCGCAAAGAUCGCGUCCGCAAAGACGCAGCAGUACCAGGAGCGCGCCGGUCUGCUCAUGAUCCAGCAUGCAGCGGGCAGGUGAUGAGCUCCAGACGGCGAUUUCACGAGUGCCUUGAUCGUGAUGAUUCACGAGCGUAUGGAGGA